AUGUUCCGCCCACGCACUCUCCGGGCUCUGCCCAGGGGUCUGCCGCAGCCGCAGCCGCCCGUCCGAACUUGUCGCCGCACGCUCUUCUCUCGCCAGCGCAGCUCGCCGUCCCGCCCCGUCGAACGCUUCAACCUCAACCAGCUCAGCGAAGCCCGCACAAACUACGACCGGGACCGCACAUACUUCCUCGCCGCCGGCGCCCUCGCCGGAAUCGUCUCCUUUGUAUAUACGGCCAACAAGCUCCGCAAGGCACUCGCCGCCGAGAAGAAGCGCAACGCCGCGGAGGACGGCAGCGACAAUGGCAGCAGCACAGACAAACGCAUCGGUUUCCAGCUCGAUUCAUCAGUGCCGGCCGAGACCUUCACCACCGAGGCCGGGAGCAAGCGCAAGGUCGUGAUCCACGACGAAGAGGGAAGGGAGCUCGUGCCCACGGGCAACAAGGCGGUGCCCAACUUCCCCCGGACCAUCGACCUGUCCUUGAGCCGGACCCACCGCGACCCGGAAGCGCCCAUCGCCGCCACGGUGCAGGACACGGAUGGCGUCGAGUACACCCUCGUCGGCCUCGGCAUCCGCACCGUCAGCUUCCUCAGCAUCCAGGUGUACAUGGUGGGCUACUACGUCGCCACCCAGGACGUCGCGAAGCUGCAGCACUACCUCACCAAGAAGAUCAACCCCAUCGCGACGACGCUCGUCCCCUCGGAGCGCGACAGCCUCAAGCAGAAGCUCUUUGACCCGGUCGAGGGCGAGGAGACGUGGACGGCGCUCCUGCAAGAAGUCGGCUGCCGCAGCGCGUUCCGCAUCGUCCCCGUCCGCGACACCGACUUCCCCCACCUCCGCGACGGCUUCGUGCGCGCCAUCACGGCGCGGUCGUCGGCCGACAAGGAGGCGUACAGCGACGAAGGCUUUGGCGAGGCGAUGAAGGAGUUCAAGAGGCUGUUUAACCGCGGCAAAGUGCAAAAGAACAAGGAGCUGCUCCUCUGCCGUGACGAAAAGGGCGAGCUCGAGGUCGUCUUUGAUGAUGGCAAGAGUGUGGGGAGACAGAGCGUAGGCAAGGUGCAGGAUGAGCGCGUGUCGAGGCUGCUGUGGCUCAACUGGCUUGCGGGUAGUAAGGUUGCGUCGCCGCCGGCGCGUGAGAGUAUCAUUGACGGCGUCAUGGAAUUCGUCGAGAGGCCCGUCGGUACCGUUGCCGCGCAGGUGGUAUAA